AUGGAGUCGCAAGAGGACUCUCUCCUCUGCAUCUGGGUGGUUCCAUGCUUGGCUACUACAAAAAAGCGGCAGCACGGAAGAACUUCUCAGCAACCAAUGCCACCAGCAUUACUGAAGGAGUUGUUCAGAGAGGCUGUGACAGAAAGUGAAGGUGAUCAGCUGAUACAUAUUCUCAAGGGCAAGAAGUUCAAAGGCGGCCUCCUGCAGCUUGAACUCACUUUGGACUGGGUGACUUUUGACUUCCAUGCAACUCAAAAUGACAUAUUCGUCUUUAAUGCGGCGAAAUUCAUACCAAAGACAGCAAUAGUGAAGCUCAUUCUAUUCUGUGGUGACUUCGAACCAGCUGCAGGCACGCAUGUGAUCAUUAUACAAGGCGAGCAAUGCGGCCUCAUUGGUGUCGUGCAUUGA